AUGCAGGCCCAACCCCGCCGUCCCUGGACUGCCCAAGAGUACGAGCUCAUUCUCUCGCACGUUCUCCAGAACGGUCCUGGCAACUUUCAGGGUGUGGUCCCUGGUCGUAGCGUCGACCAGAUCCGUAUGACUUGGACCCGCGUCGUCAAGCCUACUAUCUUCAAGAGUCUCGCAGACAAGGCUGGAGGACACCAGACCUAG